AUGUCUAUCUAUCUGUCUAUCUAUCUAUCUAUUUGUCUAUUUAUACUUAUAUUAACCUAUUCUAUAGAAAAUGAAGAUCAUCAUUGCAUUUGGUUAAAUAAUUGUGUUGGAAAGAGAAAUUAUACAACCUUCUUUACUUUUAUUAUGUCUGCUACUAUCUUGUGCUGUUAUGUAAUCGCAUUUUCUUUGACACAUGUCAUUCAAGUUUAUUUAAAUAGCAGGGAAAGCUUUAAAGAUUCUUUAUUGCAUACACCUAUUAGUUUUUUAAUUGCUAUUUUAUGUUUCUUGUUAUUACUCCCAAUUGGUUGCCUAACUAGUUAUCACUGCUUUUUAGUUAUGAGAGGCGUUACAACUCAUGAACAGUUACGUUCAAAUUUGGCUUCAAUGCCAUUUGAAAAACAUCCUUAUGAUUUUGGAAAUCCAUUUAAAAAUAUGUUUCAUAUAUUAUGCAGACCACAUAAUAAGAGUUAUAUUGCAAGACGUAAAUAUGCUGAAGAGAUUUAUGAGGUUCAGCCUAUUACAAACAAUCCUGCAAAAAGAAAUUCAAAUUUAUCUUCUACAAAUAACAUACAAGAUGAAUUAGGUCAAGUUUCUACUUUGGAGACUAUAACUACAUCUAAUAUUCCUUUACAUACUAUUACGUAA